UGGACUUAGGCAGACCCAGUUAUGUCGAAGGAGGGCUGGUUGUGGGGGCUGGGUUCAGGGCUGCUGCUGCUCUGGCUGAGCGCCUUGGUGAGGCCUGCGCAGGGUGGCCGGGUGCUGGUCAUGCCUGUUGAAGGCAGCCACUGGCUAAGCAUGAAGGUGCUGGCGACCGAGCUGGCCAAGAGAGGUCAUGACAUGCUGGUCUUGGUACCCGAGAACAACCUCUUGAUAAGGAGUUCUGAGCUUUUCCGGACGGAGACCUUCCCGGUGGGGAUCUCCAAGGAUCAGCUGUCCACCAAUUUAAAGGAAUUUCAGAAUGGGAUCUUCACACGUAGUCCUGCGCUGCUUGACAUUUUUGUCCAAGUGGAGAGGUUGCUGAAUUUCACGGGAACGCAGGUGCAAGGAUGCGAGUCGCUGCUUUACAACGAACCUUUGAUGGAGAAACUUCAGGAGGAGAAUUUCGAGUUGGUGCUCACGGAUCCCUUUCUUCCGUGUGGGACUAUUAUCGCUGCUAAACUCCGUCUCCCUGCUGUCUACUUCCUACGCCUUAUGCCAUGCGGCCUUGAUAUGUUGGCUUCACAAUGUCCUUCUCCUCCAUCAUAUGUACCGCGGUUUCAUUCCGGCAGCACUGAUCGUAUGACAUUCGUCGAGCGCGUUAAUAAUUUUUUCAUGAGUGGCAUUGAGUUGGGCCUGUGUAAAGUUAUGUACGCCAGUUUCGAUGAACUUGCCGCCAGGUACCUGGGUGAGGAUGUGACGUACCAGGAACUCAUCGGGCGGGGAGCUGUCUGGUUGCUUAGAUACGAUUUCACUUUUGAGUAUCCCAGACCUCUCAUGCCAAAUAUGUUUCUCAUUGGAGGCAUCAACUGUGCUAAGCACUCCAUACUUACAGCAGAAGUGGAGGAGUUUGUGGAAGGUUCAGGAGAACAUGGUAUUGUCGUUUUCACCCUGGGUUCUCUCAUCGCCUCUAUGCCAAAAGAAAAAGCAGAGGUCUUCUUCAAGGCUUUCAGUAUGAUCCCACAGAGGGUCCUGUGGCGGUAUACGGGGGAGAUUCCCGAGAAUGUCCCGAAAAAUGUCAAGCUGAUGAAGUGGCUUCCACAGAAUGAUUUGCUUGGUCAUCCCAAAGCAAGAGCCUUCAUCACUCACGGUGGAACACAUGGUAUCUAUGAGGGCAUCUGUAAUGGUGUUCCCAUGGUCAUGCUUCCACUUUUUGGUGAUCAGGGGGACAACGUGCACCGUGUGGCAUCUCGAGGAGUGGGUGUGAUUCUCAACAUCCAUGAAAUCACUCCGGAAUCACUGGUUGAUGCACUCAACACUGUUAUUACAAACAGCAGUUAUAAGGAUAAAAUGAAGAAGCUCUCGGCUCUCCACAACGACCGCCCCAUGCAGCCCCUGGAUCUUGCAGUCUACUGGACAGAAUUUGUAAUGAGACACAAAGGAGCGGAUCAUCUGAGACCUGCUGCUCAUGACCUAAUCUGGUUUCAGUAUCACAGUCUGGAUGUGAUUAGCUUUCUUCUCUGUGUUGUGUUGAUUGUAUCACUAGCGAUGUUGAAAGGCUGCACGUUGUGCUGGAGAAAGUGUUGCCGGAAAACACAGAAGAGGAAGGCAGAGUAAACAUAUAGUGGUUGUAAAUAAUGACACUAUGUUUUUAUAACUUUUAUGACCGUUCCAUUGAUUUCUUCAUUUCAUAAUAACAACGCCAAACCUGUUUCUCAGUAACACUGAGCCAGUUUAGUCCUAAAGCUGAAGUUUUGUAAACAAGUAUCACAUUUCACUAUUUUCAAGAAGUUUCAUUCAACAUGCCAGCAAGGGCUUUUUAGUUGUUAGCGUCAAACGCUUUCAGUUUGAUGUCACAGAUCCCAUUUUACCUAUAGUUGUACUCAAAUCUGUAACGCAUCAGUGUUUCAUGACUUUAGAUAACAAAAAGGUUUUUCUACAAAGUGAAAUGGAAUGCAAAACUCUUAAAGCUCAAUACCUCAAAACUGCUCAGGAUGCAAAUAGAACAAUGAAUUGUGCUCUUUAUGAAUACUAAUAACGUGCGGAUGAUAAUCACAAAUCUUUUUUUUUUAAUGAAAGAACACCUUAAUUUGUACCUUUUUACGUUCUGAAAAAUUAGACUUGCUGAACUGGAAGAAUAAAAUAGUACAAUGUAAAAAAAGUAAAAUGUUGGGGAGAAGUCACAUAUGGUCAAGUAUAAGCAAGUCCCAAAUCUUAACCAUCAAGUCUCGAGUCAAAUCUCAAGUCAAAGUUUAGACAAAUCAAGCAAGUCAUGAUAAGUGUCCUGAUAAGUUUCAUAUCAAGUCGCUGUACUAAAAUAAACAGAGGAAAUUUU